AUGGAGAGUAAAAAGAAGAUGAAGAAGAAAUCGGGACCAAAGACGAGCCCCCAACUUGGUGGCCGCCAUCCGCCAAGCUUCACAAGGCAGCCGGGAAACCUCCCAAACUACAUGAAGUCGACCACCAGCGCUGAUGCAAGACGAGAAGGAUCACAAAUUAGUACAAAGAGGCAGAGCCCUCGAUCAAGUCCUGACCAUUCAAGUUUGCAUAGGAAAGACUCGACAACCUCGAGUGGAAGUUUACAAGUUGCGCGAGGAACAUGUUCCUCGACUUUGAAGAUUUGCCUAUACAGUUAUUGUUCUUUCAAUGGCCAUCAUGUUCCCCCUUUUAAGUGCUUUGUAUCAGAAAGGAGGCGAGCGCUCAAAGUUAAGCUGCCAAAGGCGAGGCCUACUGGAGGCAGAAAGGAACCACCCUCUUCAAAUACUGAUCAAACUCGUUUCUUCGAUAAAAUUUCUGGGUCACAAAAGUCCUUUGAUGAAGAGGGUUUCAGCACACACUCACGGCUUACCAGUGACAAAUGGGAUUCUGUCGAUUUGCACCAGUGUUUGAGCAGUGAGAAAACCUCAGCACCCGUUGUUUUGGUUCCUGCAGUUAAGAAUGAUUCCUCAUCUCAAGGCAACCAGACACCCAGCAUAGAUAGCCAUACAACAAUGUUUUGCAAUGCUAUGGAUGGAGAGCAAUAUAAUUUAAAAGACAUCAAACAUGAUAAGGAUCAAGCAGAGAGCAUCAAUGGAGCGAGCACUAAGGAUUUAACAAACGAGCCUUACCACGGAGAUUCUUCUGAGCCGGAUUCCAUUGAAUUGAAUUCCAGAAACAAGACUGAAGAGAAAAGUUCGAAACACUUGAGUCCAGCUGAGCCAAGAGCAGAAAAGGUUAACCUGAGGCAUCAAGAAGUCGAUGCAAGGAAAAAUGCCGAGGAAUGGAUGGUAGAUUUCGCACUCAGACAAGCAGUCACAGCUAGGCAGAGAAAAGUGGCAUUGCUAGUAGAAGCAUUCGAACGAGUAGUGCCGACAAGCAAAUAGUAACUCCGAUACAAAUAACACGGGUUUAGUUAAUCACCAUCACCAUUUCCAUCCAAGACCAAAAAAAACUGAAGCUCAUACAUGAAUAUAUAUACUUCUUAAUCAAGCCUAAUGUAACAAACACCGAGUGUUGCAGAAACGAAACAGAGAUGGUGAUUCAUUCAAUACCAA